CGUUUUUGACCCCAUUAACUUCAUAUCCUCAUCCCAUUAAGACCAUGUUUGAAAUGUAUUAAUUUAAGCCUUCUCACUCACUCGCUAUGGCCGCGAUCGUUGCCAUUGGUAGGAAACUCGCGCGAACGCCACAAUGGCGGAUUGUUCAGCAUCAAUCUCUGCUACGUCGUGCAGUGUCGACGUCGUUUUCGAGCUCAGUUUCCCAAAAUCAUUCCUUCUCUUCAGCAUUUCAUCGAGCAGGUCAUGUGCAUUCUCAAGUUUUAAGCUAUCUCCCACAUUUUGCCUCUUCUAAUCGCUUCUCCACCAAAACCAUCUCCGAAACAUUUGAUAUCAACUUAACAGCAUUGGCUCCGUUAGAAAAGGGUCUGAUUGAUUUAAUCAGACAGGUCUCUGAGCUGGAGUCAGAGGCGGAUGCCAUGGCUUCUCUGGAGGACUCAUCAUUUGAUCUAAAUCAUGAUUCUUUCUACUCCUUAAUCUGGGAAUUAAGAGAUGAAUGGAGGCUUGCCUUUCUAGCAUUCAAAUGGGGAGAGAAACGCGGCUGUGAUGAUCAGAAAUCUUGUGAUUUGAUGAUCUGGGUGUUGGGUAAUCAUCAAAAGUUCAACAUUGCUUGGUGUUUGAUCCGUGAUAUGUUUAAUGUUUCAAAGGAUACUAGAAAGGCCAUGUUUCUCAUGAUGGACAGAUAUGCUGCUGCUAAUGAUACUAGCCAAGCUAUUCGGACAUUUGAUAUUAUGGAUAAGUUUAAACACACUCCUUAUGAUGAAGCAUUUCAAGGAUUGCUAUGUGCAUUGUGUAGACAUGGCCACAUUGAAAAAGCUGAAGAGUUCAUGCUUGCAAGCAAAAAGCUCUUUCCGGUGGAUGUUGAGGGAUUCAACGUAAUUCUUAAUGGUUGGUGUAACAUUUGGACUGAUGUGACUGAAGCAAAGAGGAUUUGGCGAGAGAUGGGGAAUUACUGUAUCACGCCUAACAAGGACUCUUACAGUCACAUGAUCUCUUGCUUCUCUAAAGUUGGGAACCUUUUUGAUUCUCUCAGGCUAUACGAUGAAAUGAAGAAACGGGGAUUGGCUCCAGGGAUUGAAGUUUACAAUUCCUUGGUUUAUGUGUUGACCCGUGAGGAUUGCUUUGAUGAAGCUAUGAAGCUUAUGAAAAAGUUGAACGAGGAAGGAUUAAAGCCAGAUUCAGUGACCUACAACUCGAUGAUACGCCCCCUUUGUGAGGCUGGAAAGCUGGACGUAGCCAGGAAUGUAUUGGCAACCAUGAUUAGUGAGAACCUUAGUCCAACAGUUGAUACAUUUCAUGCAUUCCUUGAGGCUGUAAAUUUCGAGAAAACUUUAGAGGUUUUAGGCCAAAUGAAGAUCUCUGAUUUAGGUCCUACAGAAGAGACCUUUCUUCUUAUUCUUGGAAAAUUGUUCAAGGGAAAGCAACCAGAAAAUGCUUUGAAGAUCUGGGCAGAAAUGGAUCGUUUUGAGAUAGUGGCUAAUCCUGCUCUUUACUUGGCUACAAUACAGGGCCUUUUGUCAUGUGGGUGGCUUGAAAAGGCCAGAGAGAUCUAUUCAGAGAUGAAAUCAAAGGGGUUCGUAGGAAAUCCUAUGCUCCAGAAACUUCUUGAGGAGCAAAAGGUGAAGGGGGUCAGAAAAAGCAAGAGGAUGAAUCUUCAAAAAGUUGGUUCUCAGGAAGGCUACAAGGGUCAACGAUCAGUAGACAGAAAAUAAUCAGAUAGGGGUAAGACUUGAAGUUUCUCAUCAAACGAUCACUGAAAUAAUGACUCAAUUCUCAAACCUCACGGUCUCCACUCUUUCACUACAUCCGCCGUGCAGUUUUCCAGCCAUGCUGAUUCAGGAAUCUCUCUCCGGAUUACAUGAUAGACGUUAAAAACUAGUGUGAUUCUUGAUUGUUACACGUCCACGCAUCGCUGCACGUUCAAGUUACAAGAAGUUAAAGUUCAAUGUGUUAUGAUAUGAGCCAGACUGCAGAACAGGCAAAGGCUGAGCUCACUGUGUUUCCAAGGCAAGAUCUUCAGAGCUCUCUCAUAGUCUAUUUGUGUCCUUUUCUGUAUUCUUUUGUCCUUGGACUUCAUUUUCUUAUAUAAUAUUUUUGUAUUCUGUGACUCGUGAACCAAUGAUGAAUGUUAUGGCCUUGGAUUCUUUUAUGUGUUGCAAUUUUUUC